CUCCUCCCCCCGUUCGCGAGACCGACCGAGCCCUCUCUCCGAUCGCGAAGCUGCGGCCGAGGUCCGUACCCUGCCACGCGAGCUGCUCCUCUGCCUGAAAGCUUCGGCUUCCCCCCGCGCGACUCUUGUCGCUUCUCUUGGCUCGGCUCACCGCUCAUGUGAGUGCAGGGAUAGGUGCUGCCAAAAAAAUUCUGAGUUCUUUAUUAGUUGUGGCAUUUGCUGUGGAAUUCCUGGAUCUCUCUCUCUGGCCUAGAGAUUCUUAUGCUUGAUUUUCUUGCUCAUCAGGAGAUUAUUGCAGGGAUUCCAUUUUCAAUAAUACUUUGGGAGGCAUAUACUACUAAAUAUGACAUGGUUCCUCUUCAGAAACUUUCUGGAAUGCAAAGGCAGGUCUUGGCUCUAUACCGUCACUUUCUACGGGCGGCCCGAUCAAAGAAUCUCGACGAGCGAAAAAUGAUUAUCUCUGUUGUCUCCACGGAGUUCCGCCAUAGUGCCGAUCAUGUUGAUCGAAAAAACUUCCAACACAUCGAAUAUCUCUUGCGGCGCGGGAGGAAGCAGCUCGAGCAGCUAAAGAGCUCCACCACCAUUUCUCUGUCGACAAUCAAUCUGAAUUCUUCCACUUCCAAGACGGUCCAUGAAGACAAGAAGCUUGCUUAAGGUAGCCACAUAAUUGUGCUCAAUAUAGUUUUUUAUUUGUUGUGGUCUUUAAUAAUCGUGCUGCUGAUAUCUAUGGAGGUUUGGAUUUGAUGUUAUCUGUUUCUUCAAUCUGUUAUUUUAUUGAUUUCUGCAAUUUGUUUUGUUGAGUAGCAGUGGAACAGAAGCAAUUUUUCAAUUCCCAACAGCUGAUAUUGCAGCUAUUUAUUAUUAGGGACAUUUACAUACAUACCACACAAUUCUUAUGUAUUUACAUAUUUAACAUCCAAAAU